UCCACGCGCUCACGCGGCUCCCGUUUUCGCGGCUGCGUUUUCUCGCUUUCGCCGCAGCUCCUCCCUUCGUCGUCCGUACGACGCCGGCCGGCCGAUGCGCCGCCGGUCCAGGGGCGCCGCGGGGUGGUGCUGUUGUCGGUAGGGAGGGAGUGGGGGUGGGUGGGGGGAUGAUGGCGUACUCGGAGCCGGCGGCGAGGGCGGUGGCGGAGGAGGUGGCGCGGUGGGGAGGGAUGAGGCAGACGGGGGUGACGCUGCGGUACAUGAUGGAGUUCGGGGCGCGCCCCACGGAGAGGAACCUGCUGCGGUCGGCGCAGUUCCUGCGCAGGGAGCUCCCCAUCCGCAUCGCCCGCCGCGCGCUCGACCUCGACUCCCUCCCCUUCGGCCUCUCCACCAAGCCCGCCAUCCUCAAGGUGAGAGAUUGGUAUUUGGACUCAUUCCGCGACUUACGGUGCUUCCCGGAGGUGAGGAACCGGGAUGAUGAGCUUGCAUUCACCGAGAUGAUCAAGAUGAUUCGAGUGCGGCACAACAAUGUGGUGCCCACCAUGGCGUUGGGUGUGCGGCAGCUGAAGAAAGACCUGGGUGGCACAAAGGCCUUUCCCCCUGGCAUUGAUGAGAUCCAUCAGUUCCUCGACCGCUUCUACAUGUCAAGGAUUGGGAUCCGCAUGCUGAUAGGGCAGCAUGUUGCUUUGCAUGAGCCUGAUCCAGAACCUGGUGUUAUUGGACUCAUAAGCAAAAGAUUAUCCCCCAUGCUGGUGGCUCAACAUGCUACUGAAGAUGCACGUGCUAUUUGCAUGAGGGAAUAUGGAUCAGCCCCUGAUGUGAACAUAUAUGGAGACCCAGAUUUCACAUUUCCAUAUGUUAAACUACAUCUACAACUGAUGAUGUUUGAAUUGGUGAAGAAUUCCCUCCGUGCAGUACAGGAACGAUAUAUGAACUCUGAUAAGCAUGCGCCUCCUGUUAGAAUCAUAGUCGCUGAUGGAGCAGAGGACGUAACAAUCAAGAUUAGUGAUGAAGGUGGUGGAAUACCCAGAAGUGGUCUCUCGAGAAUUUUCACAUAUCUCUACAGCACAGCAGAAAACCCACCUGAUCUGGAUGGCCGUAACGAAGGAGUGACCAUGGCCGGGUACGGCUAUGGGAUCCCGAUUAGCCGUCUUUAUGCUCGAUAUUUUGGCGGGGACCUGCAGAUCAUUUCUAUGGAAGGAUAUGGAACCGAUGCUUACCUCCACCUAUCACGGCUAGGAGAUUCGGAGGAGCCCUUGCAUUAGGAGAUCUGGAGGAGGAAACCCUUUGCCUCAGUUCUGAUACCACUGCUGUAAUUAGGAUGCUAUUGCUUUUACCAUUGCUGUGCUGGUAUGCAAAUACAUAGUUCCCAAGGCCAGCCAGCUCUAUGUGCUUCCAGUUUGCUGGAGCGUGAUCAUAAUUCAGAUUUCAGAAUCCCCUCUGGUUCACAUUGCCAUUAGAACUCGUUAUCCCUCGCCCUCGGUGGCUGCCUGAAAAAUGUGAUGUACAGUUGUCCGUUUUCGGAGUUCUGCAUGGGGAGUAUCUUUUUUUUCA